AUGCAGAGAAGAUUGCUAAGUACAUCAGCAAACCUUCUAGUUAGAAGAUUAAGACCUGCAGCAAAGGCUUUCCAUUUAGCAUAUCCCACAGCAAGCUACUCCACUGUCAAAUCAGUUCCACUCACUGCCGACACAUACUCAGCCAAAGUCCAACGAGAUCCAAAGUUCAAGAAGCUUGACUCUUCAGAUUUGGAGUUUUUCAAAUCAGUCUUGCCUGAGAGCAGCAUUGUUACCGAUGCCGAUGACUUGUUAUUCUACAAUGAAGAUUGGAUGAGAAAGUACCGUGGACAAUCUAAUUUAUUACUUAAACCUAAAACCACAGAACAGGUUGCAGAGAUUUUAAAGUACUGUAAUGAAAACAGUUUAGCUGUUGUACCUCAAGGUGGCAAUACUGGAUUGGUUGGUGGAUCCAACCCUAUUUUUGAUGAAAUUAUCAUAUCCUUAUCUUCAUUAAGCAAGAUCAGAUCGUUUGAUCCAGUCAGUGGUAUUUUGAAAGUCGACGCUGGUGUUAUUUUAGAAAAUGCUGACCAAUACUUACUGGAACAAGGGUACAUCUUUCCUUUGGAUUUAGGUGCCAAGGGUUCAUGUGAGAUUGGUGGAAAUGUUGCCUGUAAUGCAGGUGGGUUGAGAUUGUUGAGAUAUGGAUCUUUGCAUGGUAGUGUUUUGGGAUUAGAAGCGGUGUUACCCGAUGGUACCAUUUAUGAUUCUAUGCACUCCUUGCGUAAGGACAAUACUGGAUACGAUUUGAAGCAAUUAUUCAUAGGAUCUGAAGGUACCUUGGGAAUUAUUACUGGUGUUUCGAUCCUUUGCCCAUCAAGACCACAAGCCACAAAUGUCGCUUUCCUUGCUGUCAAGGACUAUGAAACAGUGCAGAAAGCGUUUGUUGAAUCGAGAAAAGAGUUGGGUGAAAUCUUGUCAGCAUUUGAAUUUAUGGAUUUGAAAUCGCAAAAAUUGACAAAGCAGCAUUUAGGUCUUGAACAUCCAAUUGAAAGUGGCGAAUAUCCAUUCUAUAUAUUGAUAGAAACAUCAGGCUCCAAUAAAGAUCACGAUGAUGAGAAGUUGGAAACCUUUUUAGGAAAUGCAAUGGAGAGUGGCUUGGUUGAAGAUGGUAUUGUUGCUCAAGACGAGUCGCAAGUACAAAGCUUAUGGACUUGGAGAGAGAGUAUUCCGGAGGCAAGUGCUAUGAAUGGAGGUGUUUACAAGUAUGACGUUUCAAUCCCAUUGAUGGACUUGUACGGUUUGGUUGAAGCUGCUAAUGAAAAAUUAGCUGCAGCCAACUUGGUUGACUUUGAAGAUGCUGAAAAGCCAGUAGUUUCAGCUAUUGGGUACGGACACAUUGGUGACGGAAACUUGCACCUUAACGUCUGCGUACGUAAGUACACACCAGAAGUGGAGUCCGUAUUGGAACCAUUUGUUUAUGAGUGGGUCUCUUCCAAAAAGGGUUCAAUCUCAGCUGAACAUGGAUUGGGAUUCCAAAAGAAGAAUUACAUUGGAUAUUCCAAGAAUCCAACUGAGAUUACCUUGUUGAAGCAAAUCAAGCAACACUACGACCCGGCUGGAAUUAUGAAUCCAUACAAGUAUAUCUAA